CCCUCUGUCCUUUCCGUAAACAGUGAAACAGUCAUCGACUUCCUCUCGUACGGUGUAUACGUUAGUGUCAAGAAGUUUGGUCCUGUUCGAAGGAGUUCGUGAAAGGCGUUGCUCAGUAAAUAGCGUGAAAUAAUCAGUCAUGGCACGUACGAAGCAAACGGCUCGUAAAUCGACCGGUGGAAAGGCACCCAGGAAACAACUCGCCACGAAGGCGGCACGUAAGAGUGCACCGUCUACUGGAGGUGUCAAGAAGCCGCAUCGUUACAGGCCUGGUACUGUAGCCCUCAGAGAAAUCCGAAGAUACCAGAAGUCAACGGAGUUGCUAAUUAGAAAAUUACCGUUCCAACGUUUGGUUCGUGAGAUUGCGCAGGAUUUCAAAACUGACUUGCGUUUUCAAAGCGCGGCCAUCGGUGCCCUGCAGGAAGCGUCGGAAGCAUACCUUGUCGGUCUUUUCGAAGACACUAACCUCUGCGCCAUCCAUGCCAAGCGUGUUACCAUCAUGCCAAAAGACAUCCAAUUAGCACGACGAAUUCGUGGCGAGCGCGCUUAAUUCACUCACGAUCACACAGGUCUCUUUCUAAUUCAUUUUAUUAUCAUUUGGACACGUGUUUUUGAACGAACUAAAAACAAAUAUUUUGACUUUCUUCCGUGUAUAUUUACUAUAGUUAACUCACUGCCAAUCACUAUAAAAAUAUUGAGAGAGGACCAGAGAUAUAACGUCCAAUCUCCCUCUAUUAGAUUUCGUAAUUCAACAAAACAUAAUCACAAUUUGUGCAAUGAUAAGUAUAUGAAAAAAAAAAAUAAUAGGAACAAAAAAAAUAUAUAUAUAUAUAUAAAACAUAUUCGUCUUCAGCAAGAAAGAGAAAUCACUGCAGAACCAGUAAUUAGUUUUGUAUACUUGGAUACAUAGAGAAGGGAAUAAGACACGAGCAAUAUCGCAAGUAUGUAGAUUGCAUGUACCUUUUUUUUUUUCUUUA